AUGUUCACCAAAAUUAUAACUUUCACCGCACUCCUGGCUGCAGCUAAUGCUGGCCUUUACGGUCAUGGACAUGCCGUGUCCUCCCAAAACAUCAUUCGUCAUGAUGAGGCUUCCCUGCACUACGCCCAAGCUGCUCCAGUAGCGCACUAUGCCGCACCCAUCGCCCACUACGCAGCCCCUAUUGCCCACUACGCCGCCCCAGUGGCUCACUAUGCCACUCCUCUGGCCCACUACAGUGGUCAUCAUGAAUACGCUCAUCCCAAAUACGACUUCGCGUACUCAGUAGCUGACCCCCACACCGGCGACCACAAGUCCCAGCAUGAGUCCCGAGACGGUGACUCCGUGCACGGCUCCUACUCCCUGGUCCAACCUGACGGCUCCGUCCGCAAGGUCGACUACACCGCUGAUGAGCAUCAUGGCUUCAACGCUAUAGUUCACAACUCGGCUCCCUCCGUACAUCCCAUCGCCCACCACCAUCAUUACUGA